AUGGGUAUUGAAAUAAUAAUGCAGUUGGAGACACCAGAAGGAUGUCUGCUUGUGUUGUCAUUGCAGAGUUCCUCUGACAAAGCAUCCAUCCUGUCCAUACUUCAGGUCCUUGGAGAUCUGCUUUCUGUUGGCACAGACCGGAGGAUUCACUACAUGAUCAGCAAGGGUGGCAGUGAAGCCCUUCUGCAGACGUUGGUGGACACAGCAAGAACAGCUUCUCCUGACUAUGACAUCCUUCUGCCUCUCUUCAGGCUUCUGGCCAAAGUUGGCCUAAGAGACAAGAAGUUUGGACAGAAGGCACUGGAGUUGGAAGCACUCGAUGUGACACUGAUUCUUGCCAGGAAAAACCUGACCCACAGCCAGAACCUCCUUCACUGUCUCUGGGUUCUGCGUGUGUUUGCCUCUAGCGUAACCACUGGAGCCAUGCUGGGAAUUAAUGGAGCCAUGGAACUGCUUUUCAAGGUCAUUUCUCCCUAUACUCGAAAGAACACCCAAACGAUCAGGGCAGCCACUGAAGUUUUGGCAGCAUUGCUGAAAUCCAAGUCUAACACCCGCAGGGCAGUGAACAGAGGCUACGUCACCAGUUUACUCAGGCUGCAUCAGGACUGGCACAGCCACGACACGACCAACAGUUACUUGCAGAUCCGCAGGGGGCUCCUGCUCUGCCUCAGGCACAUUGUCACCCUCCGAUCUGGCAGGGAGGCUUUCCUGGUGGCCCAGGGCAUGGAGACCCUGUUCACCAUUGCACAGAACUGCCUGGACGACAAGAGCAUGGAGCCUGUCACGUCUGCCUUGCUUCAGAUCCUCAGGCAGUGUUACCCGGAGAGUCCGCUUCCCCUGGUCACAGUCAGCAGUGCCUAUGUCUUUCCAGUCCCUGGUUGCUCCAGCUCUGAACCUCCAUGUACUCUGACUGAAGAGGAUUUGGAAGAUGAUGGUGAUGAAGAAGUGGACCAAGACACAGAUUCCAAAGAUGUGAGAGAGGAAGAUGAUGACUUGGAAACUGAUGUUGACAAGCUGAGUUCCGAACCUGGUCUUGACCGACCUGAGGGGGAGCUGAUACAAUAUGAGGCGAUGUGUCAUGAGCUCUCUGAUAGCUUUGAGGAACUGGCAUCCAAAUUUGGAGAUGUUCUGAACUUUGAAGAUACUCAGCAUGCUAAUCACUGCCACAUUCCAAGUGCUGCCUCCCCACCACAGCAUUGCUUCAAUACAGACCAAAGCUGGAGGCAAGAAAAAGAAGACGUAGUCCAGACUUCCAUUCUAAACAUGGUGAAGGCAGGGAAAGCCACCAUGCACCUAUAUUCCAAAAACAGACCUAUAAUGAAGUUAUGCCAAAGUGUACAGCAAAAUGGUUUGGGGACAGAUUCUCCUGGUACCUUUGAUACUAAGGCUUUCCUGGAAGAGGAUGCUUGGAACAUAGAAGAAAUUUCUUGCCCAAGUAUAAAUGUCUUCUUUUCCAACUCCUGUAAGCCAAGAGAAACUGAUGAAAGAAUAUCAAAGCUUCUACAUACGCAUCCCAGACAUAUUCCUUUCCAUGAUCCCUGUCUUUAUAUGGCUAAAACUAGAAAAACCAGAUCUGUUGUAGACUUCAAAAUGAUGGCAUUUCCUGAUCUCUGGGGACACUGUCCACCUCCCACUGCCCACUCUAUGCUGGAUCGCAAAUGGGGGAUCCAGAGGAUCAAGAUACUAGAGGAUAUCAGGAGAUUCAUCCAGCCAAGUGAUAUUGUAAAUAAAGUCGUCUUCAGUUUAGAUGAGCCUUGGCCUUCUCAAGACAGUGAUUUCAAUUGCUUAAGAUUCUCCUCUACAUUUGAAUCAGGAAACCUUCGUAAAGCCAUCCAAGUGCGUGAGUCUGAGUACGAUUUGUUGGUCAAUGCUGACGUGAACAGCUCCCAGCACCAGCAGUGGUUCUACUUCAAGGUGAGCGGUAUGAGAGCUGCUGUUCCUUACCGCUUUAACAUCAUCAACUGCGAGAAGCCCAACAGCCAAUUCAACUAUGGAAUGCAACCCACCCUGUACUCUGUGAAGGAGGCUCUUCUCGGUAGACCCAACUGGAUACGGACAGGCUCUGAAAUCUGUUACUACAAAAACCAUUAUCGCCAGAGUACAGCUGCUACAGGUGGAACAUCUGGGAAGUUCUAUUACACUCUCACCUUUGCCAUUACCUUCCCGCACAAUGAAGAUGUCUGCUACCUAGCAUACCACUAUCCCUAUACCUACUCCUCCCUCAUGACUCACCUCGACAUCCUAGAAAAAAGUAUCAACCCCAGGCAAGUCUACUUCCGGAAGGAUGUUCUCUGCCAGACACUGGGAGGGAAUCCAUGUCCAUUGGUGACCAUCACAGCCAUGCCUGAAUCUAAGAGUGCUGACCAUCUGGAACAGUUCCGCCACCGUCCAUAUCAUGUGAUUACAGCCAGAGUCCAUCCAGGAGAGAGCAAUUCCAGCUGGGUGAUGAAGGGGAUCUUGGAGUUCCUAGUCAGCAAUGACCCUGUGGCCAGGCUCUUGAGAGAGAAUUUUAUGUUCAAGAUCAUCCCUAUGCUCAACCCAGAUGGUGUCAUCAAUGGCAAUCACAGAUGCUCUCUGAGAGGGGAGGAUCUCAACAGACAGUGGCUCUCUCCCCAAGCUCAUCUUCAGCCGACGGUUUACCAUGCCAAGGGACUUAUUCUCUACCUGAACAGCAUUGGACGGACACCAGUGGUAUUCUGUGAUCUCCAUGGUCACUCCCAAAAGAAGAAUGUGUUCCUUUAUGGAUGCAGCAUGAAGGAGACCUUGUGGCAAGCAGGGUGUGCUGCAGGUGGAUCUGCUCUUGUGGAGGAUGUCAGCUACAGGAUGCUUCCCAAAAUCCUGGAUAAGCUGGCACCAGCAUUCACCAUGAGCAGUUGCAGCUUCCUUGUGGAAAAGUCCAGAGCCGCCACAGCCCGGGUGGUGGUGUGGCGAGAGAUGGGGGUAUCCAGGAGCUACACCAUGGAAAGCAGUUACUGUGGUUGUAACCAAGGCCCCUAUCAGGGUCUACAGUUUGGUACCGGUGAACUAGAGGAGAUGGGGGCCAUGUUCUGCUUGGGCCUCCUCAUCUUGGAACUCAAAUCUGUGGGCUGUAGCCCUCAGCUCCUGGCUCAAGCUACAACUCUGCUGAAUGCAAAUGAAGACACUCUGGACCACCACCUCCAGCGAUGCCUGGACUCAUCUAAGUUCAGCAGCAGAAACAUGUCUGAGUUGGAUGAUGAGCCACCCUGCAUGGAGGAAAUUGACUACAUUGGAGACAACAGCUCAGACCAGGAGCAGAUCUUCUCUGAGCUGGACAAGCAGAUCCAGGAGUAUGCCUUUAACAAGAACAAAGGACAAGAAGAUGAAGAGGGAACAGGGAGGCAAAGAAGAGCUAUCCCGUAAUCCUGAAGACCAUAGCCAGCUG